AAUGAAGAGAAGAGGAACCUGGCCCUGGGUGGCCAUGUGGGCUUCGACAGCCUCCCCGACCAGCUGGUCAGCAAGUCGGUCACGCAGGGCUUCAGCUUCAACAUCCUCUGCGUGGGUGAGACGGGCAUUGGGAAAUCCACGCUGAUGAACACCCUCUUCAACACCACCUUCGAGACGGAGGAAGCCAGUCACUACGAGAGCGCCGUUCGCUUGCGACCGCGCACCUACGACCUGCAGGAGAGCAACGUCCACCUCAAGCUAACGAUUGUGGACGCAGUUGGAUUCGGAGACCAGAUCAAUAAAGACGAAAGUUACAGGCCGAUAGUUGAGUACAUUGAUACGCAGUUUGAAAACUAUUUACAAGAAGAGCUGAAAAUCCGUCGUUCUCUCUUCAACUAUCAUGACACGAGGAUUCACGUCUGCUUGUACUUCAUCACUCCGACUGGACACUCGCUCAAGUCCUUGGACCUGGUAACGAUGAAGAAGCUGGAUAGCAAGGUGAACAUCAUCCCCAUCAUCGCCAAAGCCGACACCAUCUCCAAGAGCGAGCUGCACAAGUUUAAGAUCAAGAUCAUGAGCGAGCUGGUGAGCAACGGGGUACAGAUCUACCAGUUCCCCACGGACGACGAGGCGGUCGCCGAGAUCAACUCUGUGAUGAACGCUCACCUGCCCUUCGCCGUGGUGGGCAGCACGGAGGAGGUGAAGGUGGGCAACAAGCUGGUGAGAGCCCGGCAGUACCCGUGGGGAGUAGUGCAAGUGGAGAACGAAAGUCACUGUGACUUUGUGAAGCUGAGGGAGAUGCUGAUCCGAGUGAACAUGGAGGAUCUUCGGGAGCAGACUCACACCCGCCACUACGAGCUGUACCGACGGUGCAAGCUGGAGGAGAUGGGCUUCAAGGACACGGACCCGGACAGCCAGCCCUUCAGCCUCCAAGAAACGUACGAGACCAAAAGGAAGGAAUUCUUGGGCGAGCUCCAGCGGAAAGAGGAAGAAAUGAGGCAAAUGUUUGUUAACAAAGUCAAGGAGACAGAGGCAGAGCUGAAAGAGAAGGAGAGAGAGCUGCAUGAGAAAUUCGAGCACUUGAAGAGGAUACACCAAGAGGAGAAGAGGAAGGUGGAGGAGAAGAGGAAGGAGCUGGAGGAAGAGAUGAAUGCCUUUAAUAGGCGGAAGGUCGCGGUGGAAACCUUGCAGUCCCAAUCCUUGCAGGCUACCUCACAGCAGCCGCUGAAGAAGGACAAAGACAAGAAAAACUUUUUUAGUCUUCCCAGCGCAUGCUCCGUAACAUCAGGAAGAUAUGUUAAUUAGAAGAUUUAUUAAGGCCAAAACGUCCCAUGCAGAAGACAUUAAUGGGUGCUUUCACCUCGGUGCUUGCAAUGCG